AGAACAGGUGAACACUUCGGCAUACCGACUACGCGAGUCAAUUCCAUCGACCAGAUACAUUUCAACUGUUAGUGUUGCUCGGUCUCUCAUAAACUACAAACCCGAUUGCAAAAUGGCCACGAAGUGAACAUAAUCACUCUUAUUGGUGCUAGUGAUCAUUUUUUUUUGUUACAAGGAGUAUGUUUCAUCUGUUUUUCGACGUAUUUCGCCGCGUGAGUUAAUAAUUGGAUUAUAUAAUGUGCGUAAGUAUUUAAAAAAGACAUCAGGUGUAAAGUGAUACAAUAGACGUUUUAAUCAAUCGUGCAUCCCAACAUCAGAAAGUGUGCUAAUGCAAAUAAUCAUUUAAUGAAAUUAAUGACUGAAAUCUACGAGUGCGUGUAAAGCAACGUUAUCAGAGCGAUAAGUACCGUCCCAGAAUAUCCAUAAAAAUAAUUUUGAACACAAAAAAAUGUUACAGAAUUCUUACAAGGCUAUGUACCGCCCAAAUUUUUACGAAAGUACAUGCUUAAGGUGCAACGAAACUGUUUAUCAAGUAGAUCGAGUAGGACCUUUAAAAGACUUUACGUUUUACCACAGUGGGUGUUUCAAGUGCGCCAUUUGUGGGACGAAAUUGACAUUGAAAACGUAUUAUAAUAACCAACACCGACAGGAAGACAAAGAAGUGUAUUGUAAUAGUCAUGUACCGAAAAUUGGAGCGGGGCAUUUAGAUGGAUCCUCAGUUGGAAUUAGAUCGGCUCUUAACGUUCCAAAGAGUUCGAAUUUCGUUAAUGAACAAAUAAGGGGACCUAGUCGAGUUAGCAAUGAUUCGGAAGGUCUACAUAUACGGACUCACAUAAAUGGCAGUCAUCAACAGCCGCAUUCGCCAACUUAUGGCGGAUAUAGCAGCCCCAGUCCUAAUAAUUAUUAUCAUCGUGACACUUCACCUUCGUACCAAUAUGGGAGAUUCGACGCAAGUGCCCUUCAUAUAGCACACGCCUUGAAACAAACGGAAUUACAAAAAUCGUACAAAGUACAUAGGGAAAAACCAAUAGAUUGUUAUUUGGACCGAGAUGAGCAGAAAAAAUUAGAAAUGAGACAUAGAAAAGAAGAAGACGACCUGUAUAGAAAGUUCCAAAGGCAAAGAGAAGAAGAAGAGAAACGAAUUAGGGAUGAAUUCAGGGAUGAAUGGGAAAAAGAACUUGAAAGGCUGACAUCAAAAUUCGAGAGGGAAAUGCAAAUGAAGAGGAAACGAGAUGAUCAAAACAUUUUGACGUUAAGACAUCAGCAAGAGAGGGAGGACUUAGAAAAAAAUAUGACGCUUAGAAGAGACAAGAAAAAAGAAUCGCUUACUAGGAAAAUGUUAGAACAUGAGAGAGCGGCAACGGCGGCGUUAGUAGAAAAACAAAGUCAUGAAAUGUUGGAACUUAUCAAUGAAAAACGUAGUGAAUUCAUGCAAGCCGAAUCUUUGUAUCUAGAUCACAACGACAGUUACAAUGAGGAAGUUCAGCCCUAUCCUAGCCUCGCUCCUGUACCCGCUCCACCAGCGCUAAGCAAAUUUCAGGUUUAUAAUGAUCCAGUAGAAUUUGCUAACGUGGAUCAAAUAGCAAUAUCAGUAGCUCAAGAAGACCAAAAAUCCUUUACAGACUUAGUUAGACAACUAGUGGGAAGAUGCGGAUCGGAUGUAGAAAAAGCUAGAACAAUAUUCAGAUGGAUUACGGUAAAAAAUUUGAAUACCAUGUCUUUUGACGAUAACCUUAGAGGAGAUACGCCAAUGGGAUUGCUGCGAGGAAUCAAAAAUGGAACUGAAAGCUAUCAUGUGCUUUUUAAAAGAUUAUGCAGUUAUGCUGGGCUCCAUUGUGUGGUGAUUAAGGGUUACUCUAAAUCGGCAGGAUAUCAACCAGGUGUCCGAUUCGAAGAUAAUAGAUUUAGGAACUCUUGGAACGCUGUGUACGUGGCUGGAGCGUGGAGAUUUGUGCAAUGUAACUGGGGAGCCAGACAUCUAGUCAAUGCUAAAGAAGCGCCAAAAGCUGGUAAUAAAGCUAAAUCAGAUAGUUUGAGAUAUGAAUACGACGACCACUAUUUUCUUACUGAUCCCAAAGAGUUUAUUUACGAGUUUUUCCCACUGCAGUCAGAAUGGCAAUUGCUCAAAAGUCCUAUUACUUUACAAGAGUUUGAGGAACUACCUUUCGUUCGAUCAUUGUUUUUCCGAUACGGACUUUACUUCUCCGAUCCUAAUACAAAAGCUGUCAUGUACACGGACUCUACAGGUGCUGCCACAGUUCGAAUUGCUAUGCCCUCUCACAUGCAGGCCACGCUCAUCUUUCAUUAUAAUCUGAAAUUCUAUGACAGUGAAGGUGACACCUUCGAUGGAGUUUCUCUUAAAAGAUUCGUAAUGCAAUCUGUUGUUGGAAAUAUGGUUGCAUUCAGAGUACACGCACCUUGUAGCGGGGCUUUUUUACUGGACAUAUUUGCAAAUGCUGUCACCCCUAAAGAAUACUUAACGGGAGAGCCGAUGAAAUUCAAAAGUGUAUGCAAGUUCAAAAUUUGUUGUGAAGAUUUACAAACUGUCAUGGUUCCUUUGCCAGAUUGUGCUAGUGGAGAAUGGGGUCCUACCAAAGCCACAAGGUUGUUUGGACUUGUACCUAUUACCCAUCAGGAUUCGUUGGUUUUUGCUGGAAGGGAGCUAGAGAUCCAGUUCCGAAUGUCUCGCCAACUGACAGACUUCAUGGCAACUCUACACAAAAACGGCGUAGAAGAAAAACGUUUAUCGAAAUUCGUAUCUCACAGUGUUGCGGAAGACAUUGUCACUAUCAACAUCAGUUUUCCCGAAGAGGGUCAAUACGGUUUAGAUAUAUAUACGAGAGAAAUGGCUUCAAAUACCGAAACUACGGGAGAAAAACACUUGUUAACGCAUUGUUGUAAAUAUCUCAUUAAUUCUUCCAAAAGGAAUUGAAAACGUGAUUAUCGAGUUGAUUCAGAACAGAAUUAUUGGUAAUUGUGUGUGAAAUUGAACUCGUAUCAUGUUUUUUAUAGACGUUAAUACUUCAAUAUAUCGUAACUCCGAAUUUUACAUUUUAACAUUUUACAGAUAAAAAUAAAAAUUCGGUUUCCUUUUUAAAUUAUAAUAGUGUUAUAAUACUUUAAAUAUUUUCAUUUCAACAACAAAUUAUUUGACAUAUCGUACCUUGUUUUUAUCUGUUAUUGACGCAAUUGAGAUACUGAAUUACAAGAAACAAUUUUCCUUGUUGAAAAACUUGAAUUUAGGUAAUUUGUAGUUACGACGAAAUUGAAAUGUUACUGUCGAUUUCAUUUUCUGGAUAUUUUGAAUCUUGGAUUGUUACAUUCGAUAUUCGAUACAUCAAAUAAUUUCUCUUUGAAAAGAAGUAAAGAUUGGUGUAUCGUCCGAAUCUUCACGAGAUGUAUUAUUUCAAUAAAAUCAACCAACAUUUCUGAAUUAGCAAAAUGGUGAUCAUUAACGACGCAGUGGCGUAGAUCUAAGACCAAAAAAAUAACAAAAUAUUUGUUUUUUUUUCUUUUUUUCCAAAACAUCCGUUUUACAUUGAAAAUAUGUAUUAAUCAAAAGAAGAAGCAUUAUAACAAUUUUGAGUGUUUCCACAAUGUAUAACUUUUACUGCAUUAUAUAUGAAAUUUAUUUAACAAUGGAGUUUAACUUCUGGACAAUCCAUAAGGCAAGAUACUGGACAAGAGCAAUCGAAUUCACUUCACAUAUCAAUUAAGUUAUUUGAAAGGUUCAAGAGGCUUUUGUAAAGACAAUUAAUAUGAUAAAAUGUGAUUUCGACCCUCUAACAUUGGAGUACGUAGUAUUGGUGUUACUGUAAAGAAAUAAUGUAUAGAAAGAGCCAAAAUUGAGUUAGUUUUGUUCUUUACACGACAAACAAAGAAAAAUAAUGAUUAAAUUCAUUAUUGUUCAGAAUAUUAAGAGCUUGGUAAAGUGUGUUACUUCGAACCUCCUCCCACAUCUAACCCGUUUUUUCUCUAUUCUUAUGUUUUGAGUAUCGCCCCAAAGAAAAUAAACAUCCAGCAUCGCUGUAACCACUUUCAUCUGAAGAAGGGUUCUUCAAUUAAUCCUCGCUGUUUGGUCUAGAUUUAGCAAGCAUCUAGUUGUCCUUUUUAUGUAUUUGUUGAUGUAAACGGUUGAGUUUUAUUUGAAGUCUUUUAUUUUAAAGCUGAUCCUGAAUGUCUCUUCAAUCUUCCCUUUUUUACUAAGCUUUCUUGGCGAUCAUUUUAGUAGAAAGUCAAAGUAAUGAUAGAAAUUUUUAUAAUUAUAGUAUUUAGGAUUUUGUUUUAAUAUUUUUAUUAAUGUAAAGCGGAAAAGUGUAGGUAGAAUAUUUUGAGUAGUUGAUGAAAAUGCGAUAUACCUAGAAAAUGAUUUAGAAUCAUUUUCUUUGCUACUACUUGCUCUUCUUCUACAAUUCCUUUCUAUUUAUUUGAUUUGUGGGAUUUUCUUUAGCUACCUUCUUUUUCGAAGCCCAUUGCGGACUGUUCCCUGUUGCAGACUGUUAUAGCAGCUUUUCUAGAGUAGUGGAACAGCACUUUACAUUAUAAAUACGAUUUUUGGGAUGUUCGAACGUCGUGGAUUGUGUCUUGCUCUUGGCGUUUCGUCAAUAGCACAGAAGCUACAAUCCGUUCGACUUCUAGUCCUGAAGAUACCUACCUGUUGUGGACCAUAUCCAAAAUUGGGUAUUCAAACUAUAUUAUGCUUUUUUGAAUUACAAAAUUCUCUAAGGAUCGUUGUAUUGCUUCUCAAGAACAAAGUACGCCACUGUUUUUUAUACCGUAGUCAAAUUUGAAGUCACUUUAUUACAUAAGUAUCUCAAUUCCAAGGGAUUUCGAUCCCUUAUCUUAUAGGAAGUUACUCCUUCAAUAAUUAGAAACAACAACAAAGUCUGGUUUCUUCGCGUUCUAAUAAACUUCCAAAUAGUUAUUAGCCACAUAACUUUCAAUUGUCGAAUAAAUAUUUACAGUUUCUUUACCCCAGUUUGUUUAAAAAACGUUGUUCUAUUGACAGUUUCCUAUGAUCUGUGUUUGUGACAACGAUCUGUGCUUAAUUAAAUUUGCACGUAUUUUGUUAAGUUGUGUUGGUCUGAAAAUUAUAAUUUAUAUUCAGAAUAAUUGAUAAUGAAAAAGGAAACGAUAAAAAAAUGUCAUCAAGUCAUCAACGGACCAAAACUUGUAGUGUGUGAAGAAAUUUUAAUAAUAAAUAACUUUAAUAACAUAUAGUACCAUGUUAUUCAUUGGUGUUUUAUUUUCACAAUAAUAAGAAAUGUUCUUGAAAAUUGUGAUACUUUGAUUAUAAAAUGACUUAUAAAUAAACAUAUGACGAAUUUACCGCCUAACACUUGCCUAAAAACACAUGUAUAUCUAACUUUCAUGAAAUAACGAAAAAAGUGCAAUAAUAAUCAAUUGACAAACUUUAUUAAAUACCAGCGUUUUGUUUUAUAUAUAUGUUUUGUUAUUAAUAUAAUAAGCACAUGUUAUUUAAUAUUAUAUUUUCUGUUAAUAAAUUAUUACCUUAUUUACAAAAAUAUGAAAAAAUAAAAUGAUAAAUCGGCCGCUUUUUCUACUAUGAAUUUAUAUUUGUAACUGAACAUGAAAUAUUCAAUAAAUCUAUUUAUUUUUAAUUUUAACAAA